CGGUCAAAAUAACGAAAAUAAUAAAUUUAUCUACAUUUGAAUGAUGUAUUAUAUAUUGUUCAUAUUCCAUAUUAUCUCCUUUUUUAUAACAGCUGAACUAUUCUUCCAGGUACUUUGACUUAUUUCGAAAAAAGUACCACAACAUUAUCCAUACAUUUUUGGUUUAAUGCUUUUAGUAUACAAUAUACAUUAUACAAUGAAUUAAUAGUUUGUACUUGAGUUAUGAGUUUAUUUAGAAGUCUCCAAAUGUGGUCCUAAAACGUUCAGUAUUUAUAAAAUAUACAAUAAAUUAAUCAACUUGGAUAUUUGUUUUAAUUUACACAUUAAUUAUGAAUUCAAAAUAUAAACUAAGUCAAAAGUUCAGUCAGAUGAAUUCACAGUAUACUAAUGAAGAUUGGUAUAAUGGAAGUAUUAAGUCAAUCACUCUCAAAAAUUUUAUGUGCCAUUCAAAUUUUCAUUUAUCAUUGAAUCCUCGAAUUAAUUUUAUAUCAGGUUUGAACGGUAGUGGAAAGAGUGCUAUCCAAACUGCUCUUGUUGUAGGGUUUGGUGCUAGAGCAAGCAUCACCAACCGUGCUACUUCAUUAAAGUCGCUUAUCAAAUAUGGACAAACAUCAGCUACUGUAUCAAUAACCAUAGCAAAUAGUGGAGACGGAAAUACUGACUGCGGUCCUUACAAGCCUGAAGUGUAUGGCAAGCAAAUUACUAUAGUAAGACAAAUUACAGAAUCAUCUACUACCUAUAAAUUUUUAAAUGAAAAUAAUAGAGUUGUUAAAGGCUUUAAAAAUGAAUUAAAAAAUUUGACACUUCAUUUUAAUAUAUUAGUGGAUAAUCCAAUAUGUGUUAUGAAUCAAGCAAUGGUUAAAACAUUUCAUAAAAGUGCAAAUCCAAGUGCUAAGUAUGAUCUUUUCUAUAAAGCUAUAUCUGCAAAUGUAUAUAGUGAAAAUAUUGAUGAAACAAAAUCAAUUGCAAAAGAGUACUGGAAAAAACUUGAAAAUGUUAAAAGUGUUUUAGAUCAAUGUUUCAAAGAAGUAAGUGAUUAUGAAACUUAUGAAAAAAAAUGUAAACAGUUAGAAACAUUGAAAGAUUAUAAAAUUCAAUUUGAAAAUGAGUAUGCUUGGUAUUUUGUUAAUCAACAUGAAGCAACUUACGAAAGAUAUUUAAACGAAAUUGAAUCUCUUAAAAGUAAUAUGUCUGAGAAUACAGAACAAACAAAUAUUUUGGAACAGAAUAUUAAAUCAAUUUCAGAAGUCUUGGGGGAAAAAAAAAAAGAAUUGACAAAUGUUGAAGAUUCUCGCUCACACAAUCAUAUGGUUUUCAUGCAGACAAAAAAAGAAUUGCAGGAAAAAAUCAAUGAGUUUGAUUCAAUGAAGCAAUCUGUUAGAAAAUAUGAUUCUGCUUUAAAAUUAUUAAUCAGUGAUAGGAAAGAUUUAGAAAAACACAUUGAAGUUGAACGUCAAAAAGGCAAUACUAAUACUUUAGCGCAGUAUAAAGAAAUGUUGGCACGCUAUGAGCAAAGUUGUUCUGAAGUAGAGGCGGCAUGGAAAACAAAUAUGGAGCAUGAACAAACUCUACGAAAUACAGUUGAUGAAUUAAAACAGAGGAUUGGAAAUUUAAAGAACAAUGAGGUUACUCCCUUACAAAGGAAAAUAGGUGAACUUAAUAGAAAUAUCAGCAGUAUGUCUCAACAAGAAGACAGGAUCAAUUUUUAUGGGAACUGGAUGCCACAAUUAGUUAAAGCUAUUGAAGUCGCUUUUAAACAAAACAAAUUUAUAAAAAAACCUAUAGGUCCUAUUGGAGCAUACAUUAAAGUAAACAAUGACAAAUGGAUAUUUGCAAUCGAAAAUUUCUUAGGUCGUGGGACUUUAAGAACAUUUUUAGUUGAUAACUUUACAGAUAACAAAGUACUUCAAUCAAUAAUGGAUAGAAUAAUUACGGGAAACAUAAGAAAACCCACUGUUAUUACUAGCAAAUUUUUUGACAAAGUUCAUAACAUUACUGCUACAGAAACUCAAAAUAAUUUGUUUCGUAUGUUAAACUUCACUAGUCCUAUAGUAGCUAAUUGCCUGAUUGAUAACAACCAUAUUGAGACAAUAAUGCUUGUAGAUGACACUGCGGAAGCUAUGCCUAUGAUGGAAAAUAUGUCCCAAGUUCCUAGAAAUUGUAAUUUCAGUUUAACUUUAGAUGGAACUCAAAUUUAUCCUAGUCCUUCAUAUAGAGUGUAUUCUUUACAAAGUCGAACUGAACCAGUUCUCUUGCAAAGUGAUGUUUCGGUUGCUGUUAAUAACUUGAAACGUGAGAAAAAAGAGUUAGAAGUAAAAAUUAAUAAUCUAAACAAAGAAUUUGAAAAUUUUGAACAGUCGAAAGUAGAAAAGCAACAACACUUUGAUAAGACUCAAUCAGAGUCACGAUUACUUAAGGCCAAGUAUGAUGAAUACCAAAAAAAAAUAAAUGAACUUAAAUCUAAAUGUGAAGAAGAACAAGAUGACAGAAUGGCUACUCUUACUGAAGAAAUAAAUGAUGUUGAUUUAAAAAUAGCUAAAGCCAAAGAAAUAAAAGAUAAUUCCAUGAAACCAAUUCCAAAGUUUGAAAAAGAAAUUGAUGUAAUAAAUGAGAGACUGCAAGAAGUAAAAUCUAUUAUUGAAAAGACUGAUCGUUCUGCAUUAUUAGAAGAAAUUGAACGCCUCCAAGCUAAAAUAAAUAAUUAUAAAACAGAAAUAUUGCAAAUUAAUAAUAUUUCAACUGAGCGAAAACAAUUAUUUAAAGAUUUAGUUGUAAAAAAAGAAAAUGAAAAAAAAAAUUUUGAAAAAGAAAAGAAAAUAGCUGAAAAAUUAUGUGAACAAAUGCAGGUAACACGUAAUGAAGAAGAUAUAAGGAGAGAUAUAGAAGAAACCACUCGUAAAUAUAAGUUAUUAGAAAUGGAGUUGAAUAAGAGAGGUGAAAACCAUCUAGCCUUGAGAGAUGAGUAUAAGAAGAAAAAAGAAGAAUUUAUUCUUCAAAGUACUUUAUAUAAACAAAUUGUAGAGAUUUAUAAUGCCAACAAGAAAUCUGUUGAACUUAGUACAGAAGCACUUCAAAACUACAUUGAGUAUGUUCGACUGAAAGUAAUUGAAUCUUUUGAAUUGGUGCUGAUGUUACGUCAAAUUAAGGGCAAACUCGAAAUUAAUCAGCAUGAACAAAGUAUGGUAAUUUCAAUGUUUGAUAACAUAAGUACUUCGUGUGCCUCCGGUGGUGAACGGACAUUUGCUACAGUAGCUUUGAUUUUAGCAUUGUGGAGCAACAUGCAAUUACCAUUUUACUCCAUUGAUGAAUAUGAUGUAUACAUGGAUAAUGUUAAUCGAUUAGCCACUACUCAGCUGCUGAUGAUGGCUAUUGAAAAUCGUAAAAAUCAAUUCAUAUUUCUCACUCCACAAGACAUAUCCCAUAUAAAAAGUGCUGAUAAUAUUAAGAUAGUUAAAUUAAAAGAACCUAGAUCUUAAAAGUUAUUUAUUUUUAGUUAUUACUGUUGUAAUGGGUUAUAAGUAACUAGAUUUUAUUAUUAUUUCAAACAUUAUAGGUAAAUAACUUUGCUAUUUCGAUCUUAAUUUUUUAUAUUUACUUUUGACAAUAUUUUUAUACCAGCGUUAAUUUAUAUUAAUGUACUUGUAAUGGUACUAAACAUAAUUUAAAUUUCUGUUCUAGUUGAUAAGAAGAACAAUUUUACAUUUACUACAAUGUAGUUUAAUUAUACUUAAAAUAAACAAUAAUAAUUAUUUUAUUCAAAAAAUAAAAUAGAUGUAAUCAAUUUAUAUAAAUUAAUGAAAUACUAUUAUAAUAUAAUAUACCUAUUUAUUACUAUUAUACUUAAAUGUAAUGUAAAACAAUUUAUAUUUUAUUCAUUAUUUUCAAAUAAUCUAUUCUUCAAUCUCAAAAAUGUAAUAUAUUUUAUUGUUUUUGUUAAUGUUAACUUUGACAUAAUAACAGAAAUUAAAAAAUAUAUAUACUGAACAAAACGUCAUGUGAAAUAUAAAGAUUGCAUAAAUAAACAAGCUAAAAAGUGACUGUGGGUAUAUUUUGUCCUUUCCCUUAUUAAUUAUUGUUCAAAUAUGAAAACAUGAUGUCAUGAUGCCACAAACAGCUAUAAAUAUAAAAGUAUAAAUUAAACACUGUCUAUGACACAUUUGGCGAAUUGUUUUAAUACUUUUUGACUCCAGAUGUGUUUAUUGCAUUGAUUUUUGAUUUUUUACAUACAAAUACUGUAAAUUUUAUGCACACUAUUUAUUUUUAUUACAUUUUUUUUUUAGUUGCACUAUAGUUAAUUACGAGUUACAAACAUUAUUUAAAUUUUAACGAGUUAAUCUGUAAAUUGCAAUUGUAAUGUUAACUGUGGAAUACUAUCAUGCUAAUAAUCAUACUAUAUUAUUGUAUGUUGAAUAAUGGUUUAUUAGUUUUCAUGAAUUGUUUAAUAACAUUUUUAUAGAGCUACUACAUAAUAUGGAGUAUUGAAUAGUGAGUGAUACGUGUUUGUUAUUCAGUGGAAUGUGAAAGUCGGGUUUCUGUUUUAAACAUUUUUUAUUCUUUUUCAGUGCUAGUACCUACUCAAAAGGCACUAGCCACUAAUGUACUACCAUGCAAUUUUUGAAAUGUAAUGACCAUGAAUCAUGUUCUUUUACCAUUGACCAUGAUUUAUAUGCAUUAUUUUGAACC